GUGGUGAGAGGUGAACCGCAUGGUUUUGGAUAAAGAAGCGGGCUGCAAAACAGUAAAAUAAACUAGCUUUUGUUCACGUUCUGUCGUUGCAUUUAGAGUUGAUGUGAGGACUGAUCGUUCCGCUAUACAUCUAAUGCACAUUUGAGGUAGCGAGAUUCGUUAUUUCACGUUAUUUUAUCGUCUAAAUCGAAACUUCAUUGACUUUACUCUUAGAAAAGUGAGACGGCUAGGCUAACAGUUUUCGCGGGAGCGUAGUACAGUAGUUCUGAAUGACAUUUGAUCGCACCGUGCGCUGGCAUCUCUGUUUUAGUUAACAAAAAUUGGUUUACAAACAAACAAAUUUCAUCGUAGGGUCCUAUCUCUAUUGAGUGUGUAGUCGGUGAGAUGGCUGAGAGACCAGAGGACCUCAAUCUUCCCAAUGCUGUCAUAACGCGUAUCAUCAAAGAGGCAUUGCCAGAGGGAGUAAACGUGUCUAAGGAGGCAAGAAGAGCGAUAUCGCAGGCAGCCAGUGUUUUCGUUCUCUACGCAACAUCUUGUGCUAACAGUUUUGCUAUGAAGUCAAAAAGGAAGACACUCAGUGCUGGAGAUGUGAUGGCAGCUAUGGAAGAGAUGGAGUUUGAGCGUUUCUUACAACCACUGCGAGCAUCACUUGAAGCUUACAAGAAAGGUCAGAAAGGCAAGAAGGAAGCGUGUGAGCAGAAACGCAAGGACAAGGAAAAGAAGAAUGACACAGAUGAGAAUGACAAAAGUAGGGAUGAAGAGGAAGAUGAGCACAUGGAUGAUGAUCAGGAUGGAGAAAAUGAAGGAGAGGAAGAGGAUGUGGAAAACUGAGGUGCUGUAGGAUUGUUUCAUUAAUUUGCUCAAUUCGUCCUGUUUUCCAUCAACCAUGGCAAAGAAUAGUUUCUGUGGUAGAAAUGUGGUAGUUUCCACAUUAAUAGUGGGAAAGGAUAAAAAGGGGACACUUCAAUCAUAAAUCUGAUCAGCUGUAUGAUUGAUUAACCUCCCAAGAGGUAUUGCACAAUCUUCUUAAAUCCCAUUUUGAGGCAUGUAACUGUUGAUAGGUUUGUGUAAAAUACACACCCGAAAUAUUCUGCUUUGAUCCAGGAGGAAAAAUGUGUUUAAAGUUUAAUUUGCAAUAAGCUUUGUCAUGAAGUUUUAAGUCUGUGAACCAUUUUGUAAACAUCUGACAGAGGGAUUAAAAAAAAAAAAACCCCCAUGGCAAAGGUUGCGUGAAGGCAGCAGCUGCAAAUGUCAUUCCCAAGCUUGUUCUACGUUGUUAUUACAUACAUUUGUAUUCAAUUUUUUUGGGAUUAAAAUGUACCCUUUUUCCAAUAAAAUGUUCUUCAGUUU